AUGUCCAGUGCAUUAAUCAAUAGAUCAUUAACAAACGUCAGAACGGAAUUAGAAUUCUUAAGAGAUUCUAACGUUAUCUCUGAACAAGUCUAUAAUAACAUAUUAGACCAAAUUCCAAUUAAAUAUGAUCCAAAUCAAUCAAGAACAUCUAUAAAUACUCCUCCUCCUCCUCCACAAGCUCCACCUACUAAUGCUACUGGAGAAUAUGUAGAAGCUUUAUAUGAAUUCCAACCACAACAGAAUGGCGAUUUACAUAUUAGACCUGGUGACAAAAUUGAAGUCCUAGAAAAAUUAUCUCCAGAAUGGUUUAAAGGUAGAUGUAACGGUAAUGUUGGUAUGUUUCCAUCCAACUACGUUAAACCUGCCUUUUCCAAUAAUACAUCAAUGGUAAAAGCUGAACCACCUCAAUAUUCACAAUCACCACAACCACCACAACCAUCCCAGCCACCUCAACAAAUGCAAUAUCAACCUCCUUUCCCACCUCCAUCCACCGGUUAUUAUCAGCAACCUGCUCCUCAGCCUCAGCAAAUUGUUGUUCAACAAGAACAACCACAAAAUACUGGGUCUUCUCAAUUAAAAAAGUUUGGUAGUAAAUUGGGUAAUGCUGCUAUCUUUGGUGCUGGUGCCACUUUAGGCAGUGAUCUAGUUAAUAGCAUCUUUUAA